AUGGGGUUUGUUUACAUUCAGUCCACGCUGGAUUCGCUCCUCAGCAACUCCAACGAAAUGGAGCGACGAGGCGUGAUCAUAGUUAUUCUAUUGGCGGACUUUAACGAAACCUCCCGAAUGGAUAUGAAUGAUCAGCUUGUGAAGAAAUACCGAAAUUUCUUCGACUCGGGUCUGAUGCGGACGAUCCAGGCUCCAAGGAGCUUUUAUCCGUCUUUCAAAAAAUUGAAGCAGACUUACAACCACGACCCGUCCACCGUGAAAUGGCGUUCAAAGCAGAACUUUGACUACGCUUUCAUGAUGGAGUACAGCAUGGGUCUCUCGGAGUACUAUCUCCAGUUGGAGGACGACGUUGUCACAGUUCCACAUUAUUUACAGCACAUCAAGGCUUUCAUGUUUCGUAUUCCAAAGUGGACUUGUUUGGAGUUUUGCGAACUGGGAUUUAUAGCAAAACUAUAUCAUUCGUACGAUUUACAAAAACUGUCGACGCUGUUAAAACUGUUUUUUAAUGAACAGCCGAACGACGUCAUAUAUUUGCACUUCAAUGAGCUCAUGCUUCAGUUCCAACGCUUCAUUCGUCGUCCCACAAUUUUUCAACACAAAGGACAUGUGUCGUCCUCGGGCACGAAGAGGAGAAUGAUAGAAGACAUGCUUUUCGACUUUGAACAAAAAGCCAGACUGAAAUCACCAAUCAAGCCUGUCGAAUUUCGCCAGCUAGGCAGAGUUGCCGGCCCUGAGCAUUCUGUGUGGGCAAAAAGGCGCAAAGAGGCGGCGCUUCGGAAUAGAACUCUACGUUAA